AUUUUCGCGACCCGGUUCAGUCUGGAGCGUUGCGUUGGGUGAUGAAGAUCAGUGGUUAAUUUGAAGCUGAAGUGAAGUGACAUUAGUUCCAACGGAAAUAAUGAUCAAUGAUUAAAAAACAGUGAAAAUGGUCUCCAAAUAUUGUGUGCUGAUUUUAGUGGUGAUUUUUGUAUCGAUUAAAUCCGGCUUAUCAGUUGAGGUUCGAAAAACAGUGAAGUCUGAAAGCUCACCAAAAGAUGUUACCCUAGGAAGAAAUAAAGUGACAAAUGACCAGCAGUUGAUGAAAAAUGUCCCUGCCAAAGCAUCCGGUAAAAAUCGAGCAGCGCUACAUUCCACGCCCAAGUCUGAUCCAGACAAGAAAUUCAUGCACAUGAAUCUCAUCAGGAAGAAACGGUUCAUCGGAAACAUGCUGAAUCCGCCCAAUAAAACAUACCAGAACUGUACGACUCCUUCCGGUGCAAAGGGCCACUGUAAGCACUACCAAAACUGCAAACAACUCUCUGACUCGAAGGAAAACAUCUGGAAAGUCCUCGGCCAGCUGUGUAUCAUCGAGACCAUGUCUAUCGGAGUGUGCUGCCCAGAUGCCCUGACAGAAGGUAACGGACCCGAGUUUUCCGUCCGUCUACCAUCGCAGGGUGAUGAUGUGUACGACCCAGUGGAUGAUCUCGGUGACUCCCGCGCAGGAGAGAUGCCAGAUCGACCGGAAGAAAGAGGUUGCGGAAUAUCAACCAAACAACAGUCCAAAAUCUCCGGAGGUCGUCCAGCCGAUCCCGGCGAGUGGCCCUGGAUGGCAGCCCUGAUUACCAACAGUGGUCAGCAAUCGUUUUGCGGGGGAUCUUUGGUCACCGAUCGGUACGUUCUGACCGCAGCUCAUUGCGUGUUAAACUUGAAACUGAACCAGUUUAUGGUCCGGCUGGGGGAGUACGACUUCACUCAGUACAACGAAACAAGAUCCAGAGACUUCCGGGUUACCGAGAUCCGCAGCCAUGCGGAUUUUGAUCCGAUCAGCUACGAGAACGAUAUUGCACUGUUGAAGCUUUUUAGACCAUCGUUCUUCAACUCGUACAUCUGGCCAAUCUGUAUGCCUCCACUGGAUGAUUCUUGGUCCGGAUAUCGGGCUGUGGUCGUCGGUUGGGGGACACAAUUUUUCGGAGGACCACACGCGAAAGUGUUGAUGGAAGUAACGCUGCCGAUUUGGUCCAACCGGGAGUGUCAACAGGUGUACAUCAACCGGAUCUAUGAAACGAGCGUUUGUGCCGGAGAUUACGAAGGUGGCAAGGACUCUUGUCAGGGAGAUAGCGGUGGUCCGUUGAUGAUUCAGUUACCGAAUCGCCGCUGGGUUGUUGUGGGUGUCGUUUCUUGGGGCAUAAGGUGUGGCGAAGCCAAUCAUCCUGGAAUAUACACACGAGUCAGCUCCUACGUCAGAUGGAUCAUUGAGAAUGCAGUGUUUUAAAAAGGAAUUUAGAGAUUUUUCUCCUUCGAAACUUUUCUGUUUAAAAUAUGCAUGUAAAAAAUUUGCAAUGGUGUCAAAUAAAACCGCAACAAAGUAAAA